UCCUUAAACGAGAUCGCGAGUGCGCGCAGCAUCCGUUACUGCGCAAGUCCGGGCACACUCGAGUCGAAGGCACAGUCCCGACGCCGCACCGCCUCACUUCCGGAGCCUUUUGCCUUCAAAGAGCUCCUUACCAAGGCCCGUACCUGUCCUUAACCCUCCGAUAUGGGCGACUUGUAACUGAAAAAGCUCUUCGUCCCCGCGUCCUUGAUUGAAGUGGAAAAAUGGGGAAGGAAAGGCACCCACUUCCCGAGGCUGAAGUAAAAGUGGCGACGGUCGAGCUCGAAGCUGUGGACAACAUGGCGACUCUGCCGGUCGGCCAGCAUCGGCAGCAGGGUAGUGACAUUGCUAUCGCGGAGAAACAUAACACUGCGAACAAAGAAAUGGAACUCAAAUGCGUGCAACCGAAGCCAUCCAAAAAGACAUCCCUGUUCAUCAUUUCUAGUUUCAUCUACGCCAAGCUGCUGGUGGUAGUUUGCGUCGCUUACGUCAUCAGCGAUGUUAUCACACACAACCUGCCCCUCUACUACUAUGAAGGAUUCUUCACCUACCUUUAUGGCAUGAGUAUUCUGUUCUUGCUCUACGUGUUCUGCUUCCUACUUCAAGAGAGUGCAUGCUGCAGUGGAAGUCCACCUAAACAGAAACCACCACCAAAAGAAAAGAAGCCGAAGAAGGAAAAGGCAAAGAAAACCAAAGAUAAAGAACCUAAAGAGGACAAAGAGGUUAAAGACGGAAAAGAUGGAAAGAAAGACGGGAAGAAAGAUAAAAAAGAUAAGGAUAAAGACAAAGAGGGAAAGGACAAAAGUGGAAAGGAAUUAAAGAAGCAAAGCCAAUUUCAGGAGGUGUAUCCACGUAAGAUGCGCGAUAAAGUUCGUCAACAGCAAUUACAAUUGCAAAUGGCACAGUUGUAUGCGUCCGAACAGCAACAGCAAGACAUCGUUGAGUUGGAAGCUGGACCAGUGUCUAGACCAAUGCGCAGACGCAAAACUUCUCAGAACGAUCACAGCCACGGCAGCUUCUUUCUAAGAAUUGGAGCAAUUGCAUUUGGUCUCGGUACAAUGAUUUACAACGGUUUGGAAUUCGGAACUUUCUUCGAACUACCUUUAGAAUCUCCUUGCUAUCUCAUUUUGAAAGGAGUUAAUCCGGUGCUUCAAAUGGUUUUCACUUUUAUGCAGAUGUAUUUCAUCUUCAUGAAUUCUCGGCUGAACAUUCAUCGUUUUAAAGUUAUCGCUCGGUUUGGUUUAAUGCACGUAGUGGCUACCAAUAUAUGCGUUUGGAUAAGAACAUUGGUGUUAGAAUCUCUGAAGGAGAUUACCGAUUACCACGUGAAGAAUCCUUUGGGAGUUCCCGGCGAGGGUAUUCUUGGAAAAGUCAUCCGUAAGCACACCCUAAGGCAUUCCGGUAAAGUGUUCGGUGCUGCAACAACUGCCGUUACCGGUAUUGCUUCCACAGCUAUGACUACUGCUAAAGCCACUGGCGAGCAAUUACUAAACGUAAUCACGACUACUGCCACAGCACCCACAACCACAUCCACUACAACAACAACCCCUUUGCCAUAUUAUAACAUGGGUAGUAUUCUUCCUAAGUCUAAACUAAUCGAUACUAUAAAGAGUACAAUAGGCUAUGGCAACGGGAUGGGAUAUGGUCGUGAAUAUAAAGAGUGGCCUAACGAUAAUCCUUUCACAUCAGUAGCAACGGAAGCCGAUAAAGUUACUCAAACUCAGACAGCUAUGUUGGAAAUUUUUCAUUUUCCGUUUACUUCUACUGUCAAAUCAAUCGUUAAUGCUGUAACUACGUUAAUGCCGAGCUCAACACCGAAAUCGUUUGUUACUGAUAAAGACGUGUGGGCCGAUAACGUUGAGACAUAUCGUGUAGACGAUCCACCUCAUUACCCAGAUAACAAGACCACUGUAAUUUUUGAAUCAUUCGAUAACUUAAAUCCUGCAGCUUUGAUCGCAAAUAUCGACAAUACAACUGUUUGCGGAAGAAAUCCAAUUAUGGGAACAAUUGUGUCUGACUCGGCUCCUUAUCUGUAUCCGUUUAUCAUCGAAUAUUCCUUGAUUGGGGCUGCUGUCAUAUACGUCAUGUGGAAGCAUAUUGGUCGCUAUCCUAGCGUGGCCAACGAUGAAGAUCUGGAAAGACGUCUGGAGGCUGUUCUCUCCCGCAGGGCGGCGGCGUUGGCGGCUGCGCAGCGAGGAAACAGAGUCGAUUGCGCUGGAGCAUCUAAAGGACUUUUCUGUGGACUACUGCUACUCGUCGCGUCAUUGAUCUGUUUGAUUCUAUUCUUCGUACUCAUCCGCCAUCACGACUUAAAGCGCGUUUCGAUUUAUCUGGCUGAUGUAUCUCAUUGUGCUCUGAUGGUGUUAUCUAUUCUGGCAAUUUUAAUUGGAUUUAUUCGGGUUCAAUCUUUGAAGUUCCGCUCCGAAGAACAGUCUGAUCUGAAUGACAUCUUACUCCGCGUCUCGGCUUUUGGUCUCUUCGUGUACGCCGUGUUUAGUAUCAUAGCCGGUGGAAUGGGGGCUUUCACAGACGAACCUAACCUUUUGGUUAUGAUAACGGGAUGCUUGAGCGUACUUCAGGUGGUUCUCCAAUUGCUUUUCAUUGCUGACGUUUCUCGGCGCCGUGUACACCUCCCAGAACAAGAGCGCAGUAAGCCUGCACGACAGGCGGUCACUUUCUUGCUCAUUUGUAACGUCACAAUGUGGUUAAUCUAUACUUUCGAAGCACAGAAAGUGCUUGCUAAUCCGGUCCAGCUUGAUUUCUACGGAUUUGUGGCCUGGUCUCUGGUCCAACGUUUCACUCUACCGCUUUGUAUCUUCCACCGUUUCCACUCAGCCGUUACCCUCGCUGAAAUCUGGAAGACAAGCUACAAAGCUCGUCUUGAGUGAGCAUCCCUGGACAGAAGGGAUGUAGAAUGUCCUGUUCCACGCAUUUUGAAAAGUCUUAGAAUAAAAUAAGGCUAUUAUACUACCAGUGACGUCCUAUUGCGGGACAUCAGUUUUUCAACUUAUAAUAUUUCGGCUAGUUUGAAAAAUUCAUCUUAAAAUUUUCGGUGUUAAAGUAAGAACGUGUGACGAAUUUAGAUAUGUAAUUACUACAUCUUAUAAUGUGGAUUGAAUAACUUUUAUCCCGGAUAUUUUAUCGUAGCUUAAGCAGCGUUUACAUGUAAUCCUACUGUUGCGUUAUGUUGGUUAUUAAUUUCGUAAAUUUAUCGCAUAUUUCUAACACAUUCCAUACUUGAUCGGAUUCAUUACAAAUUAGUUUUCUUGUAAGACUGACUACGGAGACUUAAAUGUGACCAAUCAAACAUAUUUUCAGCUCAUUUUUUUGAUACGUAAAGAUCUUUGCUCAUUUUUCGGAUAUCUAUACUUGCGAGGUACCUCUUUGAGAUUCGUUUAAAAAUAUUUGUAAUAACAAAGUCCGAGUAAAUUUGUGAACCACUCCCUCCUUUGUUAGAAGUAAUUUGUGUGCCAUGAUUUUAGAAUUAAGGCUUGAUUGAAAUUUGACAAUAUUUUUUUCUAAAAUAACUUAAUCUGAACAAUUUGGUAUUUUCAAAUUAAAAAUAUAAUGUGUGCAAAAAGGAAACAUUAAUUCAAUUAUUAUUAACGUAUGCCUUUAAUUUAAAUUGUUGAAAACGUUCAAAUAUAAUUUUAUCUUAAACUAAAUAAACUUUGUUUCGAAGUUAGCGUUAAAAUUGCUAUAUUGAAAUUUUAAAAAUAUUUAUUAGCCAACAUUUGGUAUAGACAUGUAGGAUUAUGAAAGUAACAUAUAUUAUGAAAAUUAAAUCUAUUCGUAAGAUGGUAGUUGUUGUAUUGAGAAUUCGUUUUAAUCGAUGUACUUAACUUUAGUGGAACUAGUAUUGCUUCGGCUACAUAAAUGCUUGGUACAAAAUGAACGGGUGAUUCAGUUUACAAUGUUUCAUUGCAAGGGGCCAUAAAUAAAUGAAGUUUUGAUUAUUAAAAAGCACUAACUAUAGCAUUGAUAAAUUAGAAUGUAGAUUUCGAUAUUUAUAGAAAUAAAGAUUACGCUAUAAAUUUAUUCGCGUGUUUUGAGAAAACAACAUUUGAAAAUUUAGAAUCUUUUUGAAAUUCGGUUACAUUAUCUAUUUGAUGAGUAUUUUCGUAUUGAUUUAGGUGCAAUCUAUUUUUAUAAAUUUACUUACUUUAUAAAAAAUAUAAAAAAAAUGAACUAAUGUGUCAACUUAGAUGCGUCUUGGACACGUGAUAUCAUUUACUACCUACUUUAUGGAUUUUGUAUAAAAUAGCUGAUAAUCAAUCAAUAUUUAUAUAUAUUUAUUAAUUUUGUAAAUUUAAUAUAAGAGAUUAAAUUAACUUAUUGUUCUAGAUAUCUAGGGUAUGACUUAACAAAGAGUUUUCUUAAUAUCUGAAAUUCGAGUGAACGUGGUUUUCUUUCAAUUUUAACUUUUCUAGGUGUUAGGGGGUGAUUUAUGCGUAAAAGAAAGAACGAGACGUUUAAUUAAAAAUACACAAAGAAAAAAAAUCCAUUGAUGUAAUACACAACUAUACUGAUGCGUUUGAGUGCUACCUACUAGCUGAUUUCAAAUGAUUAGGGACAUCAGUUUAUCUGUCGUUCAAACAGAUAUAAUAUAGUAUACUAUGUCAGUUGGACGCCAGGCUGAAUAAUCACUGCCGAUAUUUUACAACAGCGAAAUUUAGUAGGGACUUUGAUAAAAUAAUCUAUUAUACCCAAUUUUUUAAAUGUUCAAUUUUGUAGAAGGUAAUAGUGUAUUAUGUACCUAUCUUGAUGUUUAGAGAAAAUAUAUGGAUGUCUGUUUAGUAGUAGUAGGUAAGUCUGCGUGGAUAUUCAAACCGAUGUUGCAACAUAGAGAUACCAAAAACUUGGGAAUUCUACAUUAUACAUAGAUUAAACAUUAAUUAAAAUACUAAUUAAGUAUUAAGUAUCUAUUUGAAUAAAAUAAAUAUCUAUGUACGUAA